UCGAGGAUGGAGAAAGCGUUGCUUUGGCUCGCUUUCAUCUUGGCAGCCUCGCAUGGUUGCAAGGCUGAUCCAGAUAUUGUCACAGAUGGUGAUUACAUCAAGAUAAAACGUAGCUUGUUGGCCAUCUUCAUAGUCUUCCCCGUCAUGGUGUUGGCCCUCGCCAUCGCAAUCAUCAAAUACCUGAUGCCCAAGAGCAGAUCAGCUGACGAUACCGUUGGCUCGGCUUACGAUAGCAAGGUGCAUAGCGGGGAGGUGAUCAACCGGUGGUCGGGCCUGUACAGGUUUACCAAGACCGAGAUCGAGCGGGCUAUGGACUACGCCAACACCCGAAUCUACCUCGGCUCCGGCAGCGCGGGGCAGGUGUACCAGGGGGUGCUGCCCAGCGGCCAGCUCGUGGCAAUCAAGCACAUCCACCACACGGCCAUGUCCGGGUCCUUCACCAGGGAGGCCGACGGGCUGUCCAAGGUGAGGCACCCAAACCUCGUCUGCCUCUUCGGCUACUGCGACAACGGCAGCGACCAGUACCUCGUCUAUGAGUACUGCGCCAAGGGAAACCUAGCCCAGAAUCUACUCCGAGGUGAUGCUGUUCUCUCAUGGCCAACAAGAGUCAAGAUCCUCCGGGAUUGUGCCUCUGUCCUGAGGUUUCUUCACACACACUCUGAUGGAUGCAUUGUACAUAGAGACAUUAAGCUUAGCAACAUCUUGCUGACGGAGGACAUGGAGCCUAAGCUGUCUGAUUUCGGGCUGGCAAAAUUGCUGCAGAUGGAGGAGACCAAGGUGUUCACAGAUGUCAGGGGAACCAUUGGUUACAUGGAUCCUGAGUACAUCACACACUCCAAGCUUACUUGUGCCAGCGAUAUCUACAGCUUUGGUGUGGUGGUGUUGCAACUUCUCUCGGGAAAGAAGGUCAUAGAACUUGACAUUGUUGCACGCGAUUCUCUUACCAAGAAGGCAAGAGAUGUUGUAAGUGGGAAAAAACCGUUGGAUGAAUUUAUAGACUCACGCGUGCGAGAUGAGGUUAAUAUCGAAGAUUUUGUCUUGAUACUGAAGAUCGCAGUCCUCUGCGUGGCACACUCCAGCGUAGGGCGUCCGACAAUAAAGGAUGUGUAUGAGGAGAUGGACAAAGCAUGGAGAAAUACAAACGCAAAGGCUGCUCGGUCAACCAAGAAGAUAGAUUCAUCAAAUACAUCAGAAUAUGCAAAGAUGAUAGAUGUGUAG